AUGUCUUGCUACGACCUGUGCUCCACCUCUGCCUGCGGCGUCUACCGCCCCCAGCCCCUCGCUGACAGCUGCAACGAGCCGUGCGUCCGUCAGUGCCCUGACUCCACGACCGUGAUCCAGCCGCCUCCAGUCGUCGUCACCUUCCCCGGCCCCAUCCUCAGCUCCUUCCCCCAGGAUUCGGUUGUGGGAUCCUCUGGAGCACCUGUCCUUGGGGGCUAUGGGGGCUACGGGGGCUACGGGUCCCUGGGUUAUGGGGGUCUGUAUGGCUAUGGGGGCUACGGGUCCCUGGGCUAUGGAGGUCUGUAUGGCUAUGGGGGCUAUGGCUCCCUGGGCUAUGGGGGUCUGUACGGCUAUGGAGGCUCUCUUGGUUAUGGGGGUCUGUAUGGCUGUGGUAGACCCUAUGGUUCUGGCUAUUGCAGCCCUUACUCCUACUGGCACAACAGGUACAGCCGUGGCAGCUGCGGGCCCUGCUAAAUCCUACAGAAAUAUCCCCUGAGUAAGGAAUAACCUGCAACUGAGAGAUACAAUCUUGAUCCACAACAGUGGUCCCAAAGGAGAUGUUGUGAAGUCCUGAUCACUGCCACCCCACUGCAGUGGAGCUGGGAGCACACAGCACAUCCUUAAUUUCUUCACCCUCUACUUGUGGUCUUUUCCAUCUAUGUGUAUAAUGGGCGGGAUAAAACAAGUAAUUUAUAUUCUUAUAAAAUUGCACUUCACUGUCCAACCGAAGAAGAAAUAUGGACGGAAUUGCCUGCACUCUGAUGCAUAUUCUUGAUAUUCUACAAUGCUUUUCUGUGAAUGUUUAUUUCUCAUUAAAAUGAUUCUACUCU